AUGGAGGUUUCGCCUGAUGGGCUCAACAAAGAGACGAAGAUAUUGAAGCCCACAGCUGAUAUAUCGAGGCCCAAGUUGAUGACAAAAGGAAUCAAAGACCAACGGUCUUAUGUACCUUCACAAACGGACAAAGAAAACAGAACAGAGCAAGAGGGAAAAAGAGGAGAAAAUCAAGCUGGCAGUACGGAGGGUCAAGGCAAUCGAUACGCUCCUCUCUCAUCUCUAAAAGAAGAUGAUUCAGAUUGCUGA